AAUAAUCAAGCUUCCACCAUAUUCUUUCUCUUGAGCAUCUCACAUUUCCUUAAAUAUUAUUUCUUCAAAGGGUUUCGUUCACUUGAAUAUAUAGGGUUUCCUUGCUAACUCAGUGCAAUUGUGACUAAUUAAGCAAGAAAAUAAUCAUGAAGAAUAAGGCUUCUGUUUUCUUGAAGCAGAUAAUCACAUUGUUGAGCUCAAUAGCCAAAGCCAAGUCCCUCGCCAUCAAGAGCAAAACCAGCGCCGCUAAAGCUCGCCUGAUAAUGUUUUCAUUGGUGAAGAACAAGAAGGUUUUGAUGGACACUGUGUCGCACAAGAUCCACAGCCUAUUAGGUCACGAUCACCGUGAUCAAGAGGAGGCGGAGGAAGGAGACCAAAACAAGGCGCUUGUUCUCUACAAUGUCAUUGCCAAUGAGUACUCGCAUACAGCUGGUACUUCAAGCUACAUGCGAAGGUACAAUGGUGAAGAUGAGGAGGAGGACGAUGACGAUGAUAAGUACCCUGAUCUCAGGCACUCGUUGUUCGAUGAAAAUGAGAACUUUGACGAUGUCAAAGAUGGCGGGUCUGUGAUCGAUCUGGUGAAGAAUUCCAAAGAGGAAGGACAGGAUUUCAAGCUGGAAGACGAGAUAGACCACGUUGCGGAUUUGUUCAUUAACAGGUUUCACAAACAAAUGCGCUUGCAAAAGCUUCUAUCCUUCAAAAGGCAUCAAGAAAUGCUCGACAGAAGCGUCUGAAUAUUCUGACAAAUCAACACAAAAUAAUUACUAUGUUGUUUACAUUAAUUAACAAGAAGUAUUGUUAUUAGCAUUCCAAUAGGAACAUAUCUUGCACUCUUUUUUAUGAAAGAAAACAAGAAAGGCAAGAGUGUAAGAUGAGUAUUUUAGAGUACUUAUAAUAAUUCUCUAAUUAAUUACAUGUAGGAUGAAUCGAUCGAACCGUAUUAUUUGCCAUCAAACAGGUUAAACGUAUCUGAUUUGGCUAUCUCAUGCAUCUAUUAUUGGCCCAGCUUUUCAGAAAAUUUGAGCACGGCUGGAAAGUGCUUAGGGCUCUGGGAAUUUUUUUUUUCUAUUGCCUUGUAAUUUUACAAGUAUAAAUAUCGCUGUAAAGCUGUUAGUAAUGUAUACUUUUUGGAAUGGAAUAAAGGUUGGGGUUAGAAUCCA